AUGUCAGAUACAGAUCUUGUCGAAAAUCAAUCUGAAGAAAAGUUGAUUACCUUAAUAGCCAGUGCCACAACUUCACAACUAGACGAAAAUUGUGCGAUUCUUUACGCGUCAUCCGAACUUUCUAAAGUUCUCCGUUUAGCAGCUUAUUGGUUGCGACUACGUCAACGAUUGGGUAGGCCGCCCAUGGUGCAAUACCCAACCAAUCGCCCAAGUGUCCAAGAAAAGAGAGAUGCGUUAAAGGCGUUAAUACGAUGGAUCCAGCAUAUACACUUCGCUGAAGACUGGAACUGUCUUAGGCAAAACCGACCGUGUACACCAAAACUCCUCAUGCUUGGUGCAUACUUGGAUCUCGACAGUGAUCUCAUCCGCGUUGGAGGAAACUUGAAGAACUCUGACUUACCUUAUGAGGCAAAACACCCGAUACUACUCCCAAAACAAUCGCAGUUAACCAUUUUAUUGAUCGACUAUGUACAUAGUCUUCAUUGUCAUCCCGGACCACAAACGACGCAGAAUAUUCUACACCAGGAUUAUUGA